UUUGCGUCUUUUUUAAAUAGCUACAAAAAACGGUUUUUUUUUGCCUCAUUUCGGAAAAGCGCAGAAAAAUUUUCAUUGUCGUCAAAGCUUUCCAUUUCAAUCAUUUAUUCAAUUUAAAUUAAGAUUUUAAUUUUCUCGUUUUAAAGCAUUUCAUUCAUUUAUUUUAUUCUCAAAUCUAUUUUAGUGUUUGUUUUGCAUCAAUUUGUAAAUGUAAGUUAAUAUCGGCUAUGCGUUUCGUAAAUUACAUAAAAUAUCAAAUAAAAGUAAGAAUUGACGAAUGGAAUCAAAAUUGAAUGAAAAACAUAAAGUAAAUGUUGACAUUGAAUAUUGCGGAGUUUGUGACUUCAAAAGGCAAUGCAAUGAGUUGAAAACUUUUCUUGAAAAUUCAUCGUCAGAUGCCGAUGUUUCUUGUACUGUUGGACGAAGAGGAGCUUUUGAAGUGAAAAUAAACAAUGUUCUGGUUCAUUCAAAACUUCAAACGAUUGCUUUCCCUGAUCAUCAAGAUAUUGCCGAUAAUGUGAAAUUGUGUAAGGAAGGAAAAGAAAUGAAAUCAGUUAAACAACAGACGAUCACAGAUUGUUGCAUAAGCUAG